AUGGAGACCAUCCGGUGCUGCAUCGCAUGCAUCCUGCCGUGCGGCGCCCUGGACGUGGUGCGCAUCGUGCACUCCAACGGCCGGGUGGAGGAGAUCAGCGGGCCCGUGCUCGCCGGCGAGAUCAUGAAGGCCUACCCCAAGCACGUCCUCCGGAAGCCGCCCUCCACCUGCCCCGCCGACGGCGGCGCCGGUAUCGUCGUGCAGAAGCCCGUCAUCCUGCCGCCCAAUGCCGAGCUGCAGAAGGGCAAGAUCUACUUCCUCAUGCCGGUCAUGGCCCCGGCGCCGGACAAGCCCGCCGCCAAGCCCAAGGCGCCCGCGCCCGCUCCACCCGCGGCCGCGCCUGCGCCCGCGGCGAGGAGGCGGCGGAGGAGGAAGGAGUCCGCCGAGGCCGCCGCCGGCGGCGGCAACAACGCGGCAGCGGCGUCCCUGCAGAGCGCGGGGGGCGAGAAGGAGCGGCUGCUGGCGAACGAGAGGUACCUGUCGGAGAUCAUGAAGGAGAAGGCGUCGACGGCCAGGGACCGGCGGCGCGGGCGCGUGGCCGUGUGGCGGCCGCACCUGGAGAGCAUCACCGAGGAUGACUUGUAA